AUGGAAAAAUUUGCUCCUCUGAGACAUCAUGCAAUUGAGGAAUAUUGCACCAAUGCGAAUUCGAUGAAAAGAAACCUCAGAACGACUGUUCAGCCCAAGCUACAAUGCACUACAUGGUGA